CGAUUACAACAACCCUCUGGAGUCUCACUCUGAGGAGGAGAUGGAGAUGCAGCCCACUCCGAAGACAGGCGUGGACGGCUCUGACCCGGAGAACAGCAAGUCGCACCUGCCUCCCCGCCAGUUGGAUUUCGAGAAACAGCAGAAGAUGGCUACAGAGGAGGAACACGUGAAGUCGGAAGGCGAGGAGUCGCCGAACCCGUAUGCUGACGACUGCGACUACGUGGACAUGUUUUCGCAGGCGCUGGAGGAGUCGCUGCAGUCGGGCAGCCCUACGGCCGCGCAGGCGAUGUUCAACGAGGCUCUGGAUUUUCAAGUGAAAAAGGCCCUGAAAGAGGCCCAGGAAGCGGCCGGCAAGACCGCCGAGGAGGAGGAAUCCAAGGACAGCAAGAGCAAGACCAACAAGGCUGCGGUCUCGGCGUCUGGUAAAAGCAAAACCGAUGGAAAACCGACGCAGACGACUCUGCUGGGCUUUGUGUCUGGGCUAAAAAAGAAAGCGACUACCACGCCUGCGGCUGAGACAGGUGAAGAUGCCUCCAAAAGCACCUCCAAAAAGACGCGUAGCAAGGACGCUGGUGCCAAGAAUGACGAUGACGGACCCGUGGACGAGAAUACAGUGAUGCCUGAGUUCGAAAUGGGUGAGCUGGUGC